AUGUUGGGCUUCUUGCACUUGAAUACCAGUAAUGACAUCUUGCACAGUUGCGCGGCACACGACUACACCGAUUUUAAAAACACCAUUUUCUACAACCUCACCGACUCGUACAUCGCCCAGUUCAACCACACCACCACCUUGCUCACCUCCAUCAUCAUGUUCGUCCUCGCAGCGCUCUUCUUCAACCUCAACCUCUUCAGCAGGCUCUCCGACGUCAGCGCCAUCCUCGACCCCAGGGUCCGCCUCUUCAUCACCUCCGCGCUCUCCCUCUUCCUCCCCGUCAUGUCCUACCUCUUCUCCGAGGCCAGGAACGCCACCGGAGGUGCCCGCUCCAAGUUCACCGACGAGCUGCCCCUGCGAGCCCGGCUCAUCCUCAUCUGGAUGCUCCUUGUGGAGCUCCUCCGCAAGAAGGCCGAGGAGAUCCACAUGCAGGGUUACUCCGGCACCAUGGACCGUGUGGGGCGUGUCCUUUUGCUGGGGAGCUUCGUCUUCUUCCACCUGCAUGAUGCUGGCAAGCGGUCCAUGGUGGGCAUCCUCUGGCUUCUCUGUGCCACGAGGCUGGUACAGAGGAUCGUCUUCACCGAGGUCGGGAAACGCUCCCUUGCCUACGGUGUUGGCAAGAACGCUCGGCUCAUCACCUCCUACAUGGCUCAAGUGCUAGAAGAAGAUGAGAUGGAGCACCGCCACCACAGUUUGGACGGAGACGAGCUACUCAAGGGAUGCAAGUACGCAGUGAUGGAAGAAGAGAAUCUGGUCGUUGAGGCCAGCCCGGGUGGCUACAGGCUAACCGGCGACGCCGCACCAGCCACCGUGGGCAAGAUCUGGGGGCUCCCUGAGAUCUGUUCCCUGGACCGAGAUAAACGUCUCAGGCAGCUCUGCCUCUCCUUUGCACUCUUCAAGCUGCUGCGCCGGAGAUUUGAGCGCCUGCCGGCAACGACCGCCGCGGAGGCCCGCAGCUACCGAGAAGUCAUCUUCAAAGCCAUGCGCAGCGACAUAGAAAAAGAGACAUCAGAUUCAGGGGCAAGCACGAGCACGAGCACGAGCACGGCGGAGGCCUUGUUCCGGCUGACCAAGGACGAGCUCAGCUUCCUCUCCGAGUAUUACCACCCCAUCAUCCCCGUCGUCCUCGCAAGUCCCUUCUUCUUGCUCGCCAACUACUUGUUGCUCCCGCUCCUCGUGUUUGUCCUAUGCCUCGUCCUCAUCGUCCUCUGCACCAACGGUGACGUCGGCUACGCCGUGGACAGCAUCAAAGGCGACAACUACUUUACUUUCUUCAGCAUAACCACUAUGAUGACGGGGUGCCUACCUAAAAUCUUUACUUCCCGCUUAGUUUUCUUCUCCUUCUUCGACUUCUCCAUCACCUCACUCCUAUUCCUCAUGGUUGUCUACGAGGAAGUUUGGGAGUUCCUCGUCCUCGUGCUCUCAGACUGGUUCAUGGUUUCACUCUUGUGCAAGUACGCUGUGAAACCCGACGGGCGCCUUGGCCGCGUCUUCCUCUGGGCCAUCCGCGGCAUCAUGGGGAUGCGAAGCAUCAUGCAUCGCCCACACAUUAGCUUCAACCAGCUCUGUGUGGUGAGGUUUUGCUGGCUAGCAAUUCCCUUCUCCUUCUCCCUCCCUGUGACGCUGCCCAUCAUACCAUUGCCAAGCAUGCAUGUGCCGGACCAGGUGAAGCUUUCCAUCAUGGAGUACCUCUCCAACAAGUUACAUGAUCUUCAUGGCAACCCCACCUCACUUACACUCAGCAGAGGCAGGCUCGCGCUUGCAGACGACGCGGAUCUCUUGCCUUUCUGCGACAGUGACAGCGUCGCCGAGGUUAUUCUUACUUGGCACAUCGCCACCAGCCUCUUCGAGGUGAGGCAUUCCACAACCUCUGAUGAUCAUGCUCAGGCUCAGAGCAUGUCCAAGUACUGCGCUUACCUGGUGGCCAUCCACCCGGAGCUGCUCCCCGAAUACCAGGAGAGCACGGAGCUGGUGUUCAAGGACACGAUGCUCGAGCUGAGUGGCGUUCUCGGGUUCUGGCGCUGCUACUUCUUGACGUGUGUCAACACCCGGUACAGCAAGAUCAUGGGUGCCGCAAAGAAGCCGAGCAGCAGCCCAAGGGAUGUGGUGAAAAGAGGCGCGGAGUUAGCGCACAAGCUGGUGGAUAAAGCCGAGAAUGCCCAGGAUUCUGGGGACGAAGCGGUGUGGAAGCUGCUGGCAAAUCUUUGGGUGGAGCUCGUCGUCUACGUCGCGCCAUCCAAUGACGAUGGUUGUAUAAUGGGGCACGAGAAACUGCUAGUCAAGGGCGGCGAGUUCAUCACCAUGCUCUGGGCGCUCGCCUCGCACGCCGGCAUAAGCCGUCCAGCCGAUACACCAGCUGGGGCGGCCGUCGCAAUCGAACGUGUGACUGAUGCUAUUGUAUAG